GCGAAACGUCUCAUUGGAAACGAGACAAAGACGUAGCACGACGUAACGCUCCGUUCAGCCAUCUUUGUUGUUGGAGCGUCGCUCAGGGCAGGGCGGGGAAUAACCAUAAACUGACAGUUCUACCAAAUGAAAUGAGGCGCUGUCUCGCUUGAUUGCUCUGAAGAUUUACAAGUAAUACAUUACGUCAUGGUUUAAUCUUAACAACACCAGAAACUUUGCCCGUAAGAAAGAUGGCGCGCUGAGGGCAGAAACGGGCCGCCUGUCACGUGAUGUGUAAACACCGUGGCUCCUCCCCUGUAGUGCUGACGUGGUGUAAGCAGCGGUAGAGCAUAGCGUCAUCUCAGAGAGAGGAGGUGGAGGAGGCAGUGGCACUCGGUGCUGCCCCAGUUGUCUCUGGUGUGUGCGAGAAGAACAGUGCCAUCCGUGAUCAUGGGCAUCCGCAAGAAGACCAGCAAGACCCCUCCGGUGCUGAGCCAUGAGUUCAUCAUCCAGAACCAUGCGGACAUCGUCUCCUGCCUGGCUAUGCUCUUCUUACUCGGGCUGAUGUUCGAGAUCACAGCAAAAGUUGCGGUUAUGUUCGUCACGCUACAGUAUAAUGUCACCAUUCCAGUGGAAGGUACCCUCGUUGAACCAGUGGCAUUGUAUCACUACGGUAUCAAAGACGUGGCCACAGUUUUCUUCUAUAUGCUUGUGGCAAUAAUUCUACAUGCUGUUAUACAAGAAUAUGUAUUAGAUAAAAUUAACAGGCGCAUGCAUUUUUCCAAAACAAAACACAGCAAGUUCAACGAGUCUGGGCAGCUGAGCGCUUUUUACUUUUUCUCUUGCGUUUGGGGUACAAGCAUCAUUGUCUCAGAGAACUACCUUUCAGAUCCAACAAGUUUAUGGAAAGGUUACCCUCACACUUACUUUCCAUUCCAGGUAAAGUUUUUCUACGUUUCCCAGUUGGCUUACUGGUUCCAUGCCUUUCCAGAACUUUACUUUCAGAAGACAAAAAAGGAAGAUAUUCCUCGCCAGUUGGUUUACAUUGGACUGUACCUCUUCCAUAUUAUUGGCGCCUACGUCCUAAACCUAAACCACCUUGGUCUCGUUCUUCUGGUUCUCCAUUACUUUGUAGAGUUUCUAUUCCACAUCUCCCGCCUCUUUUACUUCAGUAAUGAAAAAUACCAGAAAGGCUUUACUCUAUGGGCCGUGCUGUUUGUUCUGGGACGCCUCCUUACACUCAUCCUCUCAGUUCUCACUGUUGGAUUUGGACUCACUCGUGCAGAGAAUCAGGUUUUGGACAUAAGUUCUGGAAAUUUCAACAUUCUGGCAAUAAGAAUCAGUGUGUUGGCAUCUAUUUGCAUAACUCAGGCAUUUAUGAUGUGGAAGUUCAUUAAUUUCCAGCUGAGACGAUGGAGAGAACAUUCAUCUCCACAGCCUUCUCAGAGGAGGAGACCUGUUGCUUCUAAAGGCAAAUCACGGAAGGAAAAAGAGAAUGGCGUCAACGGAACAGUAACUUCUAAUGGAGCAGAUUCUCCUCGCAGCCGUAAAGAAAAAUCCUCCUAAAAGCUAAACGAAAACACAAACCCUUUUAAAAGAAAACAAAUUCGCAAUUUAUGUACUCUGCUCCCAGAGAGAAGUUGCCUUGUGCUGUACAGUGCCCCGCAGCACUAGAUUUCUUACUGUUACAGCAGAUAAUGCAAUGUGUUUCCAAACAAUAGAAUGCCAUGGUCUCCAGACUCUACAGGGUGUUGUUUCUUUUUUUUUUUUUUUUUUUUUCCCAUUUUAAUUUUCCAUUACUUUUUGCAUUUCUUUUAUGCUAGAACUAUCACAAUCAGAACAAAAAAAAGAGAAAAAUGUGGGCUGAAUCUCUAGUAAAAAAAACAUUUUUUUGGCUUUACCUGUUUUGCGCUGGUAACCAGGCACAAUAUCCGCAAAGGAGCCAAGGCCAAGUGUAGAAUUCAGAUACUCCUUUCUAAUGUAUAUGAGAAGUGAUGAGGGGGGAAAAGAAGGGUAAAACCGCAUACAUUUUAAUACACUUGCAGGUGUUGCUAAUAAUCCCUAUCCCAUUGUACAGUUCCAGCAUCCUACACUUUUGAUAUGCCAACGGAAACGUUUAAAAGAUGUAAAUGCUGUGAUAAAUUUUCACUUCUGUUUUUUAUAAGCCAACUUUUUUUUCUUAUUUGAUUAAAAACAACAAAAUAAAAAAAAUUUA